AUGCUGCAGGGCGCCCCCCCCCCCCAGGACCUGGCCUGGCCUCGUCCCUGCUGUGAAGGAGAAGCGCUGCCAUUCAGGCUUGAGCAUUGCCAUUCAGAAUGGGAUGAUACGCAAGGUCUUGAGCCUCACCCAGUGGCUUCCCACAAAGAGCCCAUGGUUUGCUGCCAGCACAACCCCACCUUCAGGCAGGUGGUCAGCUACUCGGAAGCAUCUGUGGUGAAAGUAUGGGACUUUGAAACAGGAAUACUGUUGUCCGAUUUUAUUGAGGCUCAUGGCAAUGCUGGAAUCCGUUGUCUGACCUUUGACUCCAGUGGAAGACGUCUAGUUACUGGGGGCAGAGAUGGCUGUCUGAAAAUAUGGAGCUACAACAACGGACCUUGUCUUCACACCUUGAAACAUGAUGAAAAGCAAAGUGAAGUCUAUGAUUAUACCUACUUGAAGUUAAGCCAAAAUAAGUGUAUCAUAGCUGUUGGAUGGGAUAGAAGAAUAAAUGUGUACUUUGACACACCUGGUGACUUUCACCACUUCCGGAAGCCACAGCCACACUGGCAGGAUGACGUGAACCAGGGGCAAAAGGAGGACAUCCUCUGUGUAGCUCAAUGCCCGCCUAUUCUCCUUGCCACCUCCAGCUAUGACGGGGAGAUUAUCAUUUGGAAUGUCAUCUCAGGGCACAUGCACUGCAAGCUGAAUACCCCCAGCCCCUGUGAUGGCACAGAAUAUGGAGAACGCGGGGCUGGCUCUGAACCAGGAGGGCCACCUGUGCGCCUGUGUGCUCCUCACCUGUUCCAGCCCAGGGCCGGGGGCAGCUCUGCGACCCCGGGGCCAGGGGCGGCCACAGGAGAGGAUGAGAGGAGAGCUGGGAGCUGCAUGCGGAGCGCAGCCGAAACUCUCUCCUCGUCUCCAGGCCCACACAGAAGCGUCUUCUGCCUCACCUUCCCGAACACUCAAUACCAGUUGGGCAGCCAGCUUGGAGUCAGCCGCCACUUCCCUAAUGGCCAACGGGCCCCGAGCCCGGCCCGGCCCAGCCCUGAAGCCUCAGGCCUGUCGGCACCGGGCGCCCUCGGAUGCCUCUGUCCACCCUCCACCCUGGGCGUUCCUCGCCUCUGCUUUCCCUGGCGGGAGAACAGGGCCGCCUCCCCUGGGAGUAGAAGAGGAUCCCCGAGUCUGGAGAUUUCGGGAGCUCCCAAGAGGAAGAGGUUCUGUCACCUUCUGGAGGCUAUCCGGCAGGGCCUGUCCCUUUGCAAACUUUACUCCUGGAAGUUGGGCUGUGGACUGGAAAUAAGUUCCAUGCUUCAGUCCAGAGACAAAGCCUGGGUCAGCAGCAUGGCGGUGACAACAGGGGAUGCCUGGGCCUACGUGGCUGACCAGGACGGCUCUGUACCCGUCUACGACAUCGAGGAGUACGGUCUGCAGGGACCGGAGCCACAGCCUCCCAGGAAUGUGAUGUUCUGGGGGGCCCACAUCAGCAUGGUGACAUUUUUGGAGCUGAUAGAAGAAGAAAAGUUUCUGCUGUCAUCCUCCCUGGACCGUACCGUGCACCUGUGGAGCACAGAUGGGGAGUACAUCGGGACCUUUGGGCAGGGUAGCCCCUGGGAUAUUUUCACUCCUGUCUCCUGGAGAUACCCUGGAGUGCCCUGUGAAGUUCUGACAGAUCCCCAGAGCAUGCCUGCUCACCCAGUGCUGGAAGGAGGUGCUCCUGUCACGCACACAGGAGAAGAGAAGCAAGACAAAGUGGUGGAAGGCAAGGCCAGUGCUAAGCAAAAAGGCUGUUGUUGUCUGUGGCCUUGGAACACAGAGAGACUUGGCAUCAUGCUCGACCCACUGUCACAUCAGAGAGACAGACAUGAAAAUCCAGCCCGCGGCACACGCUCACCGUUAGGAAAUACAUUUUAACGCUGGGCUUCCUGGCGAGUGAAAGGAAGGAAUGGUAAAAGAGGGUGACGCAACGAACUUCAUGAGUGACCUUGAUCUUCUGUAGGCAAACCAUUAGGUGCUUCCAUGUUUGUAAUUCUGUCCAACUUGAUUCCAAAUACCCCAGGAAGCAGUCUGUAAAUUCUUUCCAAGAAAAAUACACACACACACACAGAAACUGAGGAGCCCUUAUAUAGUGUAUCUGGACAGGACUUCCCUGGUGGGCCGGUGCUCAGGACUCUGUGCUUCCACUGCAGGGAGCAUGGGUUUGAUCCCUGGUCAGGGCACUAAAAUCCCACAUGCCACGAGGCGCAGCCAAACAAACAAAACAAAACAAACACGCAGACAAACAAAACCUAAAAAACAAUGUGUUUGCGGCGCUGUUUACGAGUUAGGGUUGACUGAGGUCUACUCUGAAGUUUGCCUUCAUUAGCUGUGUGGCCUCCAGCAAUUGCUGCCACUGAUUUAUAAAAUGAGGGGUGAGACUGGCUGAUCUUUCAGUUUCAUUCCAGCCCUAAAAAUGCUCUCUUUCGGGCUUCCCUGGUGGCGCAGUAGUUGAGAGUCCGCCUGCCGAUGCAGGGGACACGGGUUCGUGCCCUGGUCCGGGAAGAUCCCACAUGCCGCGGAGCG